AUGGGUCUAUUAAUUUAUACGAAGUUGGUCACGCGGGAUGGUCGAGGUAAUCCACCUUGUGUACUUCUACCAUCGAGCACUGAAGAAGUCUCAGCGUUACUUUCACAUUGUUCGAAGAAGAGAAUAGCCGUUGUACCACAGGCUGGAAAUACUGGACUGGUUGGUGGAUCUGUACCGCUAUACGAUGAAGUCGUUCUUUCUGUGAAACGAAUUAACAAGCAUUUUGAAUUUGAUGAAAACUCUGGUAAGCACUAAAG